UUGGGGGUCCGAGCGGCUCCAAGCGAGUCCCGGGGGAGAGGCGGGCAGAGGUGCAGCGCCGGGAACAAAGGCCCAACGAAGGGUCCCGGAGAGCACGGCUCCCCGGGGGCGGGCCCCCUCACCCAGCCCCCUCCGCUCCUCCCUCUCCUCCUCUACUUCCACCCGGAGGCCCGGCCCGCGCGGAGCCCGAGCUGCGCCAAGUUCGCCAACGGUUCCCAAGUUACGGGCGCGCAGGGGUGGGAGCUGGGUGGGGUGAGGAAGAAGAGGAGGAGAAGGAGGGCUCCCCGGGCGCCUUGGACGCAGUUCAGGAAUCCACCGCCGCCGCGAGCUGCUCGCCGGCUCGGGCCCGAGCGGGGAGGGCGCCAGGCAGCACCGAUCGCUUGCUCGCUCGCCGCACAGGACGGCGCCCGCCUGGCGCCGCUUCCCGCCCGGCGUGAGAACCGGCCCCGCCGGGCCGCGCCUCCCUCCCGUUCUCCCCGCCGCCGCCCCGGGGGAGGGCGCAGAGCCGGGGCCGCGAGGGAGCCGGUUCUACCGAGAGGAGGGAAAAGUUGUGAGCGGAUGCUGCCGGCGCCGGACCCCAGCCGCGAAGAGUCGGGUCCUCCCCGGCCGGAGGAGGCUUGGAGGCUGGGGACGCUGGCACACAGGCGGCUGGGGCAGGAGGAGCAUGCUGGAGAGAAGACUGCCGCGGGCUGCAGCUCAGCCUUGCUCCAUCUGAGAUGAGGGUGUCCCCCACCUGAAGACAACGAGCCAGGUCCUGAGUGAUGCCCCCAAGCUGAGUACCCACGGCCCCACUCUUCCCCAUGGAGAAAGGACUUGUUUUGCCCCAGGACUGCCGGGACUUUCUGCACAGCCUGAGAAUGAGGAGCAAAUAUGCUCUUUUCCUGGCUUUUGUGGUGGUGGUUUUUGUCUUCAUUGAAAAGGAAAAUAAAAUCAUAUCGAGGGUCUCGGACAAGCUGAAGCAGAUCCCCCAGUCCCUGGUAGACGCCAACAGCACCGACCCAGCCUUGGUCUUGGCGGAGAACGCAUCCCUCCUGUCCCUGAGUGAGCUUGAUUCAGCCUUCACACAGCUGCAGAGCCGCCUGAGAAACUUCAGUCUGCAGCUGGGUGUGGAGCCCGCUGAGGACGCGCAGGGCGAGGGGGAGCGGGAGGAGGAGCAGCCACCCAGACCCCGUGGGGCUCGGCCCCGGCGCCACGUGCUCCUGAUGGCCACCACCCGCACGGGCUCCUCGUUCGUGGGCGAGUUCUUCAACCAGCAGGGCAACAUCUUCUACCUCUUCGAGCCGCUGUGGCACAUCGAGCGCACGGUGUCCUUCGAGCCGGGAGGCGCCAACGCAGCGGGCUCGGCCCUGGUCUACCGUGAUGUACUCAAGCAGCUCUUCCUGUGCGACCUGUACGUCCUGGAGCAUUUCAUUAGCCCCCUGCCGGAGGACCACCUGACCCAGUUCAUGUUCCGCCGGGGCUCCAGCCGCUCGCUCUGCGAGGACCCCGUGUGCACGCCCUUCGUCAAGAAGGUCUUUGAGAAGUACCACUGCAAGAACCGCCGCUGCGGUCCCCUCAACGUGACACUGGCCGCCGAGGCCUGCCGCCGCAAGGAGCACAUGGCCCUCAAGGCCGUCCGCAUCCGGCAGCUGGAGUUCCUGCAGCCGCUGGCCGAGGACCCCCGGCUGGACCUGCGCGUCAUCCAGCUGGUGCGCGACCCCCGGGCGGUGCUGGCCUCCCGCAUGGUGGCCUUCGCUGGCAAGUAUGAGACCUGGAAGAAGUGGCUGGCCGAGGGCCAGGACCAGCUGAGAGAGGAGGAGGUGCAGCGGCUGAGGGGCAACUGUGAGAGCAUCCGCCUUUCAGCGGAGCUGGGCCUGCGGCAGCCGGCCUGGCUGCAGGGCCGCUACAUGCUGGUGCGCUACGAAGACGUGGCCCGCAGGCCGCUGCAGAAGGCCCGGGAGAUGUACCGCUUUGCAGGCAUCCCCCUGACCCCCCAGGUGGAGGACUGGAUCCAGAAGAACACCCAGGCGGCCCGGGACGGCAGCGGUAUCUACUCCACGCAGAAGAACUCCUCUGAGCAGUUUGAGAAGUGGCGCUUCAGCAUGCCCUUCAAGCUGGCACAGGUGGUACAGGCUGCCUGCGGCCCUGCCAUGCACCUCUUCGGCUACAAAUUGGCGCGGGAUGCCGCCUCCCUCACCAACCGCUCUGUCAGCCUGCUGGAGGAGCGGGGCACCUUCUGGGUCACGUAGUGGGCCCGGGGCCAUGUGCACCCCUCCUCAUGAAAGUCCCACCCUGCCUUCCUCGCACCUGAGCCAGCGGUGAGACCGCAGCGCUCUCAGAGGAUGGCGGGAAACCGUGCAGUGAGCAGGCCGCCCUUCCGCUAUAGAAGUAGCCCCCAGCCAGAUAGCUUCCCUACUGCGGCUGUAAGCUGGGGUUUCUUGCCGAGAAGAGGACAGGGCCCUGUCCCCUGAGGGCCAUCAAACCCAGUCCUAAGGGGCUACAGUCUCCUGAGCAGGCUUAGGCAGGCCCCCACCUAUUGACAGUCUCUCUCUCUCUCUCUCUCUCUCUCUCUCUCUCUCUCUCUCUCUCACACACACACACACACACACAC